AUGUGGUCCCCAGAGUCAGAAAUUAAUUCAAUUGGAAUGACUACUAUGCGACAUUCUAUUUCGGCCUCAUCGGGUAUUUCAACAUUAUCGAGUUGUGGAAAUCCGGAAGCGUUACCUGAAUUGCCACCUGGCGAUGAGCAUAGGCUGCAGAGAGCCGCCUUAAAUCUUCAACAAAAGCUUAUUUUACGAGAAUGGCUCAAGGAAAAUCGUCUACAAAGCUAUUAUUCUAGAUUGAUUGCAACUGAAGUAACAUCAUUAGAGGAUGUAUACUGGCUAGAGGAUUCACGAGCUAUGCAAAUAUUAGGAAAAGAUUUUACGAUAUGGAAUCAAGUCCGUCAAAAACUACCCACAUCAAAAUCUCAAUUAGAAGCUUUGAAAGCGGAACUAUGGUCGACCGUUGUAAAAUCAUCAAAUCAUCAGGAUGCAUGGACGUAUGGAGGGAUGCUGGUUGUAUCCGUAUCUGUAGCUGGUUUGAUAACCUUGGCUGCAAUGACAGAUCAAUCGCUAGCACCCGAAGCACGACAUUCAUUAUUACAAUAUGUUACGGGAAAAUAUUUAAUGCCAUCAAAUUGCCGAGUCGAAUGGAAUUUUGAUGAUCCAUCACCCGUUGGACAUACAUUUAGUUUUAUAGUGAGAUUUUUUCAACGUAAUGGUAAUUCAUAUCCAAUUUGUGAUAGAGACGAAGUAGCUGUAGAGGUAACAGCAGAAGGUACAAAGAAAGUCGUUGUAAUAAGUGAAUUGGGCUCAUCGACAGAUCCCAAUAAUGCAAAUGAAGCCAAAGUCAAGUUUAGUGUUCGUACUGCAGGACAAUAUAAAAUUUCAAUUAUGAUUGGUUCAACACACAUUGCUGGAAGUCCAUUUUUUAAGCAAUUCAUACCAGGUCCAAUGUGCGCGAAUCGAUCGCGUCUCAUACGUUCAACGAGUAUCGUCGUUUGCCAAGCUGGUUUGCCAAAUGUUUUACAUAUUGAGCCUAGAGAUGAAUACGGCAAUAUAUGCAAUUUUGACAAUGAUUCCGAUCCAAUUAAAGGAUAUAAUGUUGAGAUAUACGACCUUAAUGAUCAAAUUUCGGAAAAAUUUAGUAAUGCAAUAACGCUAAAUUAUGAUAAAGUGAAUUCCCGUAUAAAUGUUAUCGCAUUAUUUCCUGAGCCAAUUUGUUUACGUGCUCGAAUUAGUUACGAAGGCCAACAAAUUCCGAAUGCAUAUUUCGACAUGGUUGUUCUUAGUUCGUGUGAUACAACUUUGGUUCAUAAGAAUAUUGCGUCAAGGAAACACAAUAUUUCUUAUGACGCAAAAAUUAUGAGUGUCGCUGGCUUGCCAAAAUCCAAGCCACGUAAAGUGAUUUGUUACAUUGGACCUAAGCAAUUUACAAUCAAAGAAAUGAUAUUAAAGAUAAUCCCUAAGCGGAUUGCGACAUUUCGUCUAUGCCCGUCCACAAAGAUUCAUUUCCUACCAACAACACCACAAUCAUUAUCAUCGUCGUCAUUGACAACUGUAGCAUCAACAAAUAUAUCAUCAUCAAAUGGCAAUAAUAAUUCUAGUAGUAGCAGUAGCGGUGGAACUAUUUUCAUAAUUGAUGACGGCUCACAGCCGAAAAUUGAAUUAUCAAGUAAAGACCGUAAUUUGAUAGCAGCAACGUUCACACAUUUCCUCAUUAAAAAUAUUGGCGGGUCGGAAUCAUUUAAAGAUAAACAAGAUUUCUUUUAUCAUGAAGUGAGAAAAUUUCACGGAUCCAACUGUUUCCACGAGAAAAUCUCUUUGAAAGUACAGCGUGAAAAGAUUUUAGAGUCGAGUAUGAAAGCAACGAAGAACUUUUCGGUUUCAGAUUGGUGUGGAAACUUUGAAAUCACAUUUCAGGGCGAACAAGCUAUCGAUUGGGGUGGUGUACGACGAGAGUUUAUUGAAAUUAUAUGUGCUGCUCUAUUUGAACCCGUCGAAGGUGGAUUAUUUUGUACAUUUCAUGAGAAACGGCAGGCAUUAGUUCAUCCAAAUCCAAAUCGAUUAAGUCAUCUUAAAUUAAAAUAUUACGAGUUUGCUGGAAAAAUUGUUGGAAAAUGCUUGUAUGAGAGCGCUUUGGGCUCGUCUUAUAGGCAGCUUGUUCGAGCUCGUUUCACAAGGUCGUUUUUGGCACAAUUAAUUGGACUACGUGUGCAUUACAAACACUUUGAACAGGAUGAUCCAGAAUUGUAUAUACAAAAAAUAAAGUACAUUCUCGACACGGAUCUUGAUAAGAAUGAGAAUGUUGAAAUAUAUUUUGUUGAAGAAGUUUACGACACAAUGGGUCAACUAAUACGCACAGUGGAUCUCAUCCCAAAUGGCUCAAAAGUAAGGGUACGGAAUGAAAAUAAAAGCCAAUAUUUAGAUGCUCUUGCAACUCAUCGACUAUCCAACAAUGUGAAAGACGAAAUUGACAGCUUUUUAAAGGGAUUAAACCUUAUUAUACCGGAUAAUCUCUUGAGUAUAUUUGACGAGAAUGAACUCGAGCUGUUACUUUGUGGCACUGGAGAAUAUUCAAUUGCAGAUUUUAAAGCACAUCAUAUCGUUAAUGGAUCGAAUCAGGAGUUCCGUCGAGUACUCGAUUGGUUCUGGGCUGCUGUUAGUAAUUUUUCACAAACUGAAAUGGCACGAUUAUUGCAAUUCACCACUGGCUGCAGUCAGUUACCGCACGGAGGUUUUCAGGAACUAAAUCCCAAGUUUCAAAUAACUUCUGCACCAACAUUUGCUAAUUUGCCAACAGCUCAUACUUGUUUUAAUCAAUUAUGCUUACCAGAUUACGAAAGCUAUGAGCAAUUUGAACGAGCUCUUUUAAUUGCCAUAAGCGAAGGAAACGAAGGCUUCGGAAUGAGUUAA